UUUAAAACUGUUGUUUUCUUUGCUUUUUUAUAUUGAGAAAUCAAAAAUCCACUCAGUUUAUCUAACAGAGCACUAAGCUGCAGGCAGAAUUAAGAUAUCUGGCCUUUUUACCUUUACAUUAAAAAAUACAAAGUAUUUUAUUAACUCAUUCAUAUUUUACAUAAAACGUGGUUAUCUUUUUUGUGUGUUUCAUUUUAUUGAUAAUCCAAAAACACAUUUUCAGUUUAGAUUCCUAAAGAUUUCUUCCGCUUUUGGUCACUAAAAAUUAUUUUACCGCGUGAAACCGAGUCAGAACCAGCAGGGGGCGACAGCGCGCCGUAAAAGCGUCAAGCUGCAGUUACGCUUGGCCAGAAGAAGCAGCUUCAGUAAACACCGCGGACAGUGGAUGACAUUCCCCUGAAACAGUGAACCAUACCGGGCUCAGAGAUGAAGGAGGACCCGGUGGAGAGUCCAGUUGAGCCGAACAAAGCGGACUUUCUGCGGGGGUUUGUCACCGAGAGACUCGCCGCGGUGUCCCGGGAGAUCCUGGCCGCGGUAGAGACGGUGGUAUCCGGAUAUGAGGAGGAGGCCUCGGGCUUCCGUCUGGAGAUCCGCCGGCAGAGGAAGCAGCUGGAGCUGCUUCGGAACCAGCAGCUUUCUGUCGGGACAAAUGAUUUGCCAUCCAGCAGAAGUGAUGGAUCAGCUGAGGAAGAGGAGGGUGAUGAUUGUCUGAAGAGUCGGACCCAAACUGCUUCAUCAAGCUCUUCAUCGCCUCAGUCUGAUGGAAGGAGGCCUGGCAGACCUCAGAUCAGUGAAGCACAGAGCGCCAUACACCUCAGCGUCCGCGUCCUGAAGGACUCCAACAUCAGCAUCCUGUCCAAAAACGUCGUGAAGAAAUGUCCUCUGGUGUCCCUGAAGUGUCCUCCAGGCCUGCAGGAGUUGGACUUUCUGAGCCUGCUCAGGUCCGCUGUCCCCCAGCUGGCUGCAGACGACAAACCUUUUCACAUCUUAACGUCGGAUAAGAGGCGCAGACUUCAGCGUCUGACUCUGACGACGGUGACGCCUGAGGAGAUCGUCAGAAACGUCAAACCCACACGGCUUAGAAAACUUACAAUCUACAUUAGACUGGAGACAAAGAAGGAAACUCAGGAAGAAAUUCCUUCUCUUCAGAUGGAGAAAAGUUCUGCCAUGUUGGUCUGUGAGGAAACUCAACAACCAAAGGAGAUGAGGACAUCAUCACAACAUCAUCAUAGGGAAACAGGAGAUGACGGUCUUAUGAUGUCAGUGUCAGGUGACGACUCUGUGGCGCCCCCUGCUGCUCAGAUGGACAGAGAUGCAGCAGGUGGGAAUGAAGGAGAGACGAACAGAAGCGACAGCAGCUGGAAACCAGAUGUAAGUGAUGGACAGGAAAAGAAAGACUCCGAGCUCAUUAAUGAGACAGAAGAAGUCAAUCCGUCUAAUGACGUUUGGACAGAAACUGGUUUAUUCUGUAAAGUCUGCAAAGCUGCCCAGAAAUCUGAGGUUGCUCUCAUUAAACACGCCUGGAGACACAUGGAGGAAGCAGGAAGUGUUUGUGGAGUCUGUGGAGAGUCUUUUCUCAGCGUCCUCAGUCUGAAUGAGCACCUCAAGGUCCAUUCAGGACAGCAACCUGUCCAACCUGAGGUUAGCUCGUUUACGUCUGGGUUGCCUCUGGAGAACAACCAUAAACUCCGUCACGAAUGCUCCACCUGCCACAAGCUGUUUGAGGUGGAGGCGCAGCUAAAGGCUCAUCACAGGACGCACAGGAAGUGUAAAACGUACCUCUGUGGUGUCUGCGGCAAAUUCCUGAGCAGCAACAGAUCUUUGUCCCGCCACAAGAUGACUCACUCUGGAGAAAGACCCCACAGAUGCCAGAUCUGUGAGAGGGGCUUCAAACUGGCCACCACUCUGAAGCAACACGAGAAGAUUCACAUGAACAGAGAGAGACCGUACCUCUGCGACGUCUGCUGCAAGAUGUUCCUGACCAGCAAGCAGCUCGUCAUCCACAUGAGGACGCACACCAACGAGAAGCCAUACCGCUGCGACCGCUGCGGGAAGGGCUUCACCACCAGGGGGCCGCUGACCAUACACAUGCGGGUUCACACCGGGGAGACACCGUACCGCUGUCCUCACUGCGGCUGGUCCUUUAAACGGAAGACUCACCUGGACGACCACGUGGCGAUCCACACGGGAGCCAAACCGUACGUCUGUGGGAUCUGUGGGAAAACAUGUGCCAGGAGAACUUACCUCACCGUCCACAUGAGGACGCACAACGGAGAGAGACCGUACAAGUGUUCCCUGUGCGAGAAGGCCUUCACUCAGAGCCACUGCCUGAAGACGCACAUGAAGAGCCACAAGGCUGCGCAGGCAGCAUCGUAGCCACUUUAAUGUGACUCUUCAGUUAUUUAUUAUUAUGACUCUUAAACUGUUUCUGGCUUUGAAAGCUGAAAUAUCUCCAAUAAAAUUGAGCAGGAA